AUGAGUUCGCUCCUUCACUUGUUAUUGAAACAACCUCAAUCUCUUUCUUCGCUCAACAAUUUAGUUAGUAAUAAUGGCGCCAAAGCUCUGUCCAUUCCCGGAUUGCUCUAUUCCCGCCGUCGCGGCCUCCAUUCUUCGCCGCCUAAACCACCAUCGUUCGCCAUUGCGUUUGACAUCGACGGCGUAAUUCUUCGCGGCGAAACUCCUAUCGGCGGCUCACCUCAAGCUCUCAGACGUCUUUAUUACGAUUCUGCCACUGCCGCCACUAUCAGUGCUUUGAAGAUUCCUUAUGUUUUCCUGACAAAUGGAGGUGGAGUUCCUGAAUCGAAAAGAGCCAAGGACUUAGCCAGGCAGUUGGGUGUCAAUAUCUCCCCGUUGCAGGUUAUACAGGGUCAUACUCCUUUUAAGCAACUGGUGAAAAGAUUUGAGAAUGAUCUCAUUGUUGCUGUAGGAAAAGGAGAACCUGCAGUUGUCAUGUCUGAAUAUGGAUUCAAAAAUGUUCUAUCCAUAGACGACUAUGCAUCUUUCUUUGACAAUAUUGAUCCUUUGGCUCAAUAUAAAAAGUGGAAAGAAAUUCAGGCUGUCAAACAACAUGCGAGCUUGACCAUUAAUCCUGACUCUGAGAGAGUGGGGGCUGUUUUUGUUGUUAGUGAUUCGAUUGACUGGAGCAGAGACAUCCAGGUAUUAUGUGACAUUCUGCGAACGGGUGGGCUUCCUGGGAGAGAAACUGCACACCAGCCACCGCUAUUCUUUGCGAGUGAUGAUCUUGCAUAUCAGGCAUUGUUUCCUGCUGAACGGCUUGGAAUGGGUGCUUUCCGGAUUGCAUUAGAAUCUAUUUUUAACAGUAUUCACCCUAAGGAUAUGGAGUACACGUCUUAUGGGAAACCACAUCCGUUUGUGUUCAAGAAUGCUGAAAAUGUGCUGACCCAAGUGGUUCAAUCUGCCUACAACAACAUUGAAGCAGAUGGUGGAACAGAACCCUUCAAAACCCUGUACAUGGUAGGGGAUAAUCCUUCAAUCGACAUCAAGGGAGCUCGGCAGGCUGGGAGUCCUUGGUUUUCAAUUUUAACACGGACAGGGGUCUUCAAAGGAGAGGGAAAUCACACUGAACAUCCUGCAGAUUUGGUGGUCGAUACGGUGGAAGAAGCCGUGGACUAUAUAUUGAGGAAGGAACAUAUAUGUUAG